AUGGAUGCACUGAGCCGGCUCGGGGAAGAGCUCGUGGACAUUGACGCCCGUCUUGAAACCGAGGGCCUUUGGCUGUUGGACGAAUGGCAUCAACUGAAGGUGGCCAUCAACCUCGGGUGUCUACAGCGCGAGCGCGCCAGUGCAAAGGCUGAGGCAUCCCUUGCAACCUCGCGCGAGGCCAACGCCCGAGCCUUGGAGGAGGCCAGGGAGGCUGAUUACCGCCACGAUGUCGCAGAGAAGCGCAAACAGAGGCUGCUAGCCCUGAACGCGACCCUGGAACAGCAAGUCGAGGUGCGCAGAGCUACCUUGGCAUCGAUGAAGAGGGCACCUUCCAAAGAUGAUGAGAUCUUGAGGCGUGUGGAGGCGCUGAUGCUGGAGGCCACGGAGCGUAGCCUCGAGCUUGAACGGUUGGAGACGAGGGAGCGCCAAGUCGCCCAAGAGGAGGAUGCCGCCAGUGCGCGCGAGGCCAGGAUCCAGGAAGAAGUUGACCGCAGGGUGGCAGAGGCUCGUGCAGAUCUUGUCAAUGGGCACGACUUGAAGCUGAAGCUUUUGGAAGCCGAAGGUGAGGGCAGAACCACCGCCGUGAGGUCAAGGCUGGCUGAAGCGGAGCAGCGUGAGAAGGCCGCCGCGGAGGCCCUGAUCUCUGUCCAGGCCGAGUUGGCCUCCGCUCGUGCUGAGCUGCUCCCGCUUCAGCGGCGGGUUACCGAUGUCUAG